CCUUUCACAAAAAGAAAAAAAAUAAACCAAGUCUGCAAAGUUAUAAUGCUUGGAUACUUUGGCUAUGGCGGUGUUCAUGUUUAAUGAUCAAAAAGCUCUUAUUUUUAUGCAAGCGUGGGUCUAAACCUUUUGCGAACUCUUUUUCUCUUUUCUUCUUCAGUUCCUUUCUUCUAAAAAAGCCACUCCUCUCUCUCUCUCUCUCUCUCUCUCUCUGCAGCUGAAGAACAGAGAAAAAGGGGUUUGUUAUCUGACCAAAAGGACCCAUUUCUAUAAAGCUUCUGUUGGUGAGAAAUUGAGCAAAAAGUUUGAAGCUUUGUACUGAUUCUGAAAAUGGGUAUCUUUCUCCUGUCUCUUUUAACUUCAUUACCUUCUUUAAAUCUGGUCUAGGGUUUGUCAAAGCUCUGUUUUUUGGGGGGGUUCGUACCUAAAAAGCUUGAUCCUUUCUGUUCCCCUGACUGGUCUCUUCUGAGUUUCCUUAAGUUCGGUCGUGUCCUUAAGGAAUAUACUAUCAAGUUCGAGACUUUUGCUUCUAUUGAUUGAGCUCUGUUCUUGUUCUUACAAGGUGGAGUGUUCCUUCUCUGCAUCUCUAGAGACGAAAGUGUUUGUGUUUGUGUUGAAAGUGUUAUUAGUCUUUAGUGGUUUUUGAUCCUAGAAGAGAUGGAUACAAGUGAGAAAGAAGAGUUCUCAGGAGAGAAGAGGAAUGAUAAUCAUCCUGCAGAUUGGCGAGUCUCUGGCUCUAAUCCUGUUUCUGCGCCGCCCUUUGGUUCAUACCCUACAGAGAAUCUGAUCACAGCGUCUUGUUCUCCAUCUCAGAUGAUGGAUUCCUUUGGUCAAACGCUUUGGUAUGAUCCCACAAAUGUUCAAGCUGUGGGCUAUGGCGGUUCUUCUUCCUCUUCUUGCUUUAGGGGUGGUAUGGAUUGGAGUCUGCCUAACCUGUUGCCUCCUAAAGGCAACGGCCUUUUCUUGCCGAAUGCGAGUAGCUUCCUCCCUCCAAGCAUGGCUCAGUUCCCGGCUGAUUCAGGGUUCAUAGAGCGUGCGGCGAGGUUCUCGCUCUUUAGUGAUAUGGUGAAUCAACCGCUUGGGAGUCCGGAGUCUGUUGGUUUGUUUGUUCAAGGGCAGUGUCCAAGUAGUGAAGUGAAUGUUGGUGGUGUAGCUCACAAUAAUGUUAUUAGAUGUAGUGAACAAGGUAGUAAACCAAAUGUAUCUGAGGAUACUCAGUCUAGUGGUCAGAAAGGUGGAGAAACCUCUUCCAAAGGGUUUGACUCAAAGAAGAGGAAAAGAAACAGACAGAGUUCUGAAGCAGAACAAUCACAGAGAUCUGAGGAAGAAGCAGAGAACAAUGGUGGUGAUAAGAAGGAGCAAAGUCCAAACUCGCCUGGAAACAAAACAAACAGUGGGAAACAAGCGUCUGAUCCAAAAGAUGGGUACAUUCAUGUCCGGGCACGUAGAGGCCAAGCUACAAAUAGCCAUAGUCUUGCAGAAAGAGUGAGGAGAGAAAAAAUCAGUGAAAGGAUGAAGUUUCUUCAAGAUCUUGUACCUGGUUGCAACAAGGUUACUGGAAAGGCGGUUAUGCUUGAUGAAAUCAUAAACUAUGUGCAAUCACUACAACGCCAAGUCGAGUUCUUGUCGAUGAAGCUUGCAACUGUGAACCCACAAAUGGACUUUUACCUUGAAGGUCUUCUUGCCAAAGAUGUAAGAGAGCUUCAGCUACGAGGUGGUUCUUCAUCCGCAACACCGUUUCCAACGCAAAACAUGUCGAUGGUGUAUCCUCCUCUACCACAUGGAUUCAUGCAACAGCAGACCCUUUCAAGCGUGGGAAGGACUAUUAGCUCUCCAUUGUCUCCUAUGAAUGGUGGAUACAAGCGACAGGAAACAAAUGGAUGGGAAGGUGAUUUGCAAAAUGUGAUACACAUUAACUAUGGAGCUGGUGAUGUCCCAUCUGACCCUGAAGCAGCAGCAGCUACUGCAUCUCUUCCAUCUUCAAACAUGAAGGUUGAGCCAUGAGAUUUUCUUCCUUGUUAGAUAGAAUAUUAAAUUCUUGUAAUCUCUUUUUUUUUUUUAAAUUCACUGUGUUCUGUAUUAUAAUGAUGUUACUAUUAACGAAUACGAGCUACUAGUACUACUAAGCAGUUAAGGGUAAAAA